CAAGAGCAAAGUGACAGAUAGGAUACUGAUGCCAUCUACAAAGAAGCUUACAGCCAGCAGAAGUUUGAAGACAGGCCCAUUCACACUCUCUUAUUUCUAUUGGGAAAAAAAAACAAAGUGAGUUGGUGACCAGCUGGACAGAGAUUAUCUGAUGGUUUAUGGAGUUUAGAGUACACACUGACUAUUGGCUUUAACAUGUAAAGAAAAUACUCACACUUGUACUUGGAGUAUCAUAUAUUGAAGUUGCCAACUGAAGCUAUAUGUUCUUUCUCUGUUAUUUAUCGUGUGUACUACCGGUCUACACUUUGGCAUCCAAAUGCCCCCAGUGACUGAAGCCCCCGAGACACCAGUUAAGCUGAGUGUUUGUGCCAAGUCUUUAGUGUCACUGGCUUAUAUACUGCUGCUUUUGGCUGGAAUAGUUGGAAAUGCUCUGGUUAUAAGAGUACUGAGGGGCAUUCGUGAUGGCCGCAGUGUCCAGGCCUCACUCAGUCACCACAUGUGUAGCCUGGCAUCCUGUGAUAUUUUGCAGCUGGCAGUGGGCAUUCCUACUGAGUUGUAUGGCAGCAUCUGGAGUCCUUUCCCCUGGCCCCUGGGAGCAGUUGGGUGUUGUGGCUUCUAUUACCUGUGGGAAGUGCUUUGCUAUGCUGCUAUCUUUAAUGUACUUUCCUUGAGCUGUGAGAGACACCGUGCAACAUGUCAACCAUUGAGCCUCCACCUGCGCCAGUCAUCCAGUGUGCGUCUGCGACUCUGCUUGCUGUGGCUGUUUUCCUUCCUGGGUGGGCUGCCCAUGCUUUUUUCCAUAGGUUUGGAAAAUAUCAGUACUAGUGCUGUUGAGGAGAAGCACCUACAGGUAUGGGUGUGCACACCACUUAGCCCAUGGACAGGGCUCUUUACUGCCAGUGUCUGGGCAUCCUUCCUGACAUACCUGGCUGUGUUGCUGGUGGUCGGCAUAACCUACUGGAAGAUGAGGAGCGCUCUUCGGGGCAAUAGAAGUCACAGUUUGGAAAUCACAAGACCUGAUGGGUCUAGACAACAACUGGGACGGUUCAGUAGUGGACAUACAGCAGUGCGCAGGCAAAAUGCCAAACUGCUGGGUUGCAUCGUCGUUGUGCUAGCUGUUUGUUGGCUGCCAUUCCAGGCACGAAGACUUAUGACUGUACUAAGGCAUAAAGAUCAAUGGACAGAGACCUAUUACCGUUCAUAUAUCAUCUUGCAACCUAUCACCAAUUUCUUCUUUUAUCUCAGUGCUGGUCUCACGCCUCUGCUCUACAACUUGACAUCCCGCAAUUUUCGCAGAGCCUUCCUGCACAGCAUCAUGCCCUGCACACGAGGGACUGAACCAGACUGUGGAUCCUGGGAAGCACAACCUAGAGAUCAGGGGGUCAGACUGUCUGAAUUAGGACAGGAAAUAAGUUCUAUCUGA